UCUCUCCGGUACACCAUGGAGCUCCGGACCGUCCUGCCCGCUCUCCUCCUCCUCUCUGCCGGCUCUCUGCAGCUGGGCUCCGGCGCGGCCUCGCGCACGGGACCGAAAGUCACCGAGAAGGUGUUUUUCGACAUCACGGUGGCGGGUCAUGAGGUGGGCCGGAUCGUCAUCGGUCUGUUCGGAGAGGUCGUCCCUCUCACUGUCAAUAACUUUGUCGCCCUGGCAACCGGAGAGAAAGGUUACGGCUACAAAGGCACAAAGUUUCACAGAGUCAUUAAAGACUUUAUGAUCCAGGGAGGAGACUUCACCGCUGGAGACGGGACGGGAGGUCACAGCAUCUACGGGACGACUUUCACUGAUGAGAACUUCAGACUGAAGCAUUUAGGAGCCGGCUGGGUGAGCAUGGCGAACGCCGGUCCGGACACAAACGGCUCUCAGUUCUUCGUGCUGGCUGCUAAAGCUCCGUGGCUGGACGGGAAACACGUGGUGUUCGGUAAAGUCCUGGACGGGAUGGCCGUCGUUCACACCAUCGAGCUUCAGGACACCAACGACAGGAACCUGCCGUACACCGAGUGCGUCAUCGUGAACAGCGGCCGGAUCCCCGUCAAAGAGCCGUUCGUGGUGGAGGUGGAGGGCUGGUAG